AUGGAAAUGAGCCACAGAGGCAAAGAGUUCCUCUCCAUAAUCCAGAAGGCCGAGGCGGACCUCCGAACCCUUUUGAAUAUCUCACCGGAAUAUUCCGUUUUGUUCCUCCAAGGCGGCGCCACCACCCAGUUCGCCGCCAUACCUCUAAAUCUCUGCAAACCCGACGAUCAAGUUGAUUACGUGGUUACUGGGUCGUGGGGCGACAAGGCCUUCAAGGAGGCCCAGAAGUAUUCUCAGCCCAAGGUGAUCUGGUCUGGCAAGUCCGAGAAGUACACAAAGAUCUCAGCUUUUGAAGAAUUGGAGCAGAGCCCAGACGCUAAGUAUUUGCAUAUAUGCGCGAAAGAGAACUUGAUGCUUAAUACAUUGCAAUUUAACAUGUCAGUUCCGACGCCGUAUGUUUUCAUGAAAAGGUUCCUCAAGGCUGCUCAAUCUGACAAGAAGCUUGAACUGCUAUCCUUCUUCUUGAUGGAGCUUUCUCUGGUGGAGUAUGAGAUGCUCAAGUUUCCACCAUCUUUGUUAGCUGCUGCUGCAGUCUAUACUGCUCAAGCUACUCUUUAUGGGUUCAAGCAGUGGAGUAGAACCUGUGUCAUCUAUGCCGGAGCCCAGAAAAACGUGGGCCCAUCCGGAGUGACCGUUGUGAUCAUCAGGAAGGAUCUGAUUGGCAAUGCUCAAGAGAUCACACCUGUUAUGCUGGACUUCAAGAUUCAUGAUGAGAACAAGUCUCUGUACAACACACCGCCUUGCUAUGGCAUUUACAUGUGUGGGUUGGUGUUUGAGGACUUGCUGGAGCAGGGCGGUUUGGGUGAGAUUGAGAAGAAGAACAAGAGGAAGGCUGAUCUUUUGUACACCGCCAUUGAUGAGAGCAAAGGGUUUUACAGGUGCCCAGUUGAGAAGUCUGUGAGGUCAUUGAUGAAUGUGCCCUUCACGCUUGAGAAGUCAGAGUUGGAAGCUGAGUUUGUGAAGGAGGCAGCUAAGGAGAAGAUGGUUCAGCUCAAGGGGCAUAGGUCAGUGGGAGGGAUGAGGGCUUCAAUUUAUAAUGCCAUGCCUUUGGCUGGGGUUGAGAAGUUGGUUGCUUUCAUGAAGGAUUUCCAGGCAAAGCAUGCUUAAGAUUUAGUAGCAUACAUUACUGGUAGAGUUGUAAGCAUCUUUGGUUUGUUGUGUUUGCUAUAUUUUUGUUGUUGAAUGUGAGUGGACAAAAGCAAGAAGUUUGUAUGCAUAUGUUUAUGAAAUUCUUGUCGUGUGGGAUGAAGUUAAUGCCCUAACAAGUUUAGGAAUUUAGGCCAAUAUCCUCUGUUUAAAACUUUGUUGUCAUAAGCUGAGAGUAAUGAAUAAUUCAAUUCUGGCCUCUUCUUUCAUAUCAA